UUCCUAGUUUCUUUUUCAAAUGAACUGCUUGUAUAACUUUGCUCUUGAUAUAACGGAGGAAAUAACAUACAUAUUUGGAUUUAUUAUAUCCAAUAUGUUGAAAAAUUACCUCUAGAUGAAACAAGGUCUGAAUGCCGCUACUUUUGCAGUAUCACUUUUUAUCCUCUUUUUUUUGGAUGAAGUUCCUUUUGAAUGUUAUAAUCGUUGAAUUUUGUGUCUCUUCCUUUAAUAAUCAUUUUUUAAUUGUUGUUUUUAUGAUUCUAACUUCAUUCAGUUUCAGUUUGUUCGUAAUACUUUCAUUAUAAUCAAUGUAAUUUCCUUAACAGUUAAUUGAACUGAAUAAACCUUUUCGAUGAAAUUUCCUUUUAAGUUCUUCAAUUUUUCCAACUAAAUUUUGAUAAAAGAU